UGAUCUGUUAUUCAUGACUUGUUCAGUUCAUUGGACUUGUUUUAUUCGUCUUGGGUGGUCGCUUUACUUUAUGAGUCUUCUUCGUAAACUGCUUGACGUCUCAUUCAAUUGCCAUACGCACUCAUCAUGGAAGACAUUCAUCUCCCCAUCGCAAUAAGACGCUCCCGUCGCAACAGCAUCAAACCAGAGCCAGACAUGCCCUCAUCUCCUAUGCCCUCCAAGACCCCCAAGCGAGGCGCCAACCGACGAGUCCGCUUCUCCGACCCAGGCGCCUCUUCAUCCGGAUUAACCCCCAUGAUCAAUCGCUUCACAGUCGCAACACCCAAACGCCGGCGUCACUCAUCCCUACCUAUCCAAACAACCCCCAGCACAAUCCGCUCAAGUCCAGCGCUCCCUGAAAGCGGUGAAGUCACUUUUUUGCCACUGCGACAAGUCCUCGACGGUCGCGUCCAGCGAAGAAUUCGUCGCAAUGGUCUGAGCGAGGAGAUGAACACGAUUCAACAAGAAAAGCGCCGUCGGAAUCAAGAAGCAAAAGAGGAAAUUGAGAAGUUGAGAAAUGAACUAAAAGCGCGUGAUCGCGAGAUCUACGAAUUGCAGAAUGCGACUAUUGUCAUCGACACAGAUCGUAUUUGGGAUCUUGAGAAGCAGAUCCAAGAUCUUCAAGAUGAGCUGUCCAAACGAUCAGGUCGCGCUAUGGAUCAGAGUAGAGGGUAUAACUGGACCCUUGCAGCGCGGGAGAAGUUUUCUCAGGAUUUCAUGGACAUGACGCCCGAUGAGGAUCAGUUUGGGGAUGAGACUAUGGCGCAGUUCAUUUGCAGUACGCCUUCGAGAGCGCGUACUUCGUUUAUGACGCCGCCUGCUACGAGUCCUACUGUACCUGGAACACCGAUCUUUGAGCCGGUUGAGACAACGGCUAUGGUUGGUGUUCAGGCUUGUUUGCCGGAUCCCAAGCAGCUGCAGUUAGAGGAGGAAGUUUCGUCGCUUCAGUUGGAGGUGACAAAGUUGACUGACACUCUCGAGUCUUACAAAACUCUCAGUGGACGCCUUAGCGACAAGUUAUCGGACUUUACACCCCGAGAUCAAUCAGGUCUCGAGGCACAGAUUGACGCCAUGCUCCAAGCAAUGUCCGACAGAACAUGUGCUCUUCAAACCCUCACAUCCUCCAUCACAAAACUCGGCUUCACUGGCUCCGACGCCAGCGAAAUGAUAACAACCCUCAUCACCAACUUCCGCGCUGCCCGCCUAGAGCUCGAGUACCUGACUCCCGGGGAAAUCACCCUCCCCCUAUCCUCGCACGGCGCAGAAGUCCUAGAUCUCAUGCUUACACGUCUCCGGGAUAUGGCGAAGCGCGCAAAGGAAGAUGAGGAUGCUAUAGAUGAGUAUCACGAGAUCGAGCUAUCUCUACGGAAGCAAUUGGAUGCAAGAGUUACUGUCAUGGAUGGUUUGAAAGCAGAGAUGGGAAAGGCUGAGAAACUCAUCAGUGACAAGAUUGCGAGGAUACGGGAGCUCGAGGUUGCGAAUCAGAGGCUCAAGGGUGCUGUUGACGGGUAUAUCCGCGACAUUUCAGAGCUGGAAGAUCUCGUUCAACGAAUGGAGCGCGAAGCCCAUGAUGCCAAUGACGAGUAUGCUGUGCAACUAGAAGUCAAGCACAAGAUCCUCACCCGCAAAGAAGACACCAUCGCCUCUCUCGAAAGCAAACUCUCAGCCGCCCUCUCCCGCUCCUCCGAUCUUCAAGCCCAAAUCAUCAGCCUUCAAACCACCAACACACAAACAAUCUCCGAACUUAACAAAAAGCACGGCUCAGCACUCGCAGCGCGCGACGCAAGCGUUACGAAGUACCGCAGUGAGAUCGACAAGCUGAAUGAAUCUCUCCGCUCUGCACAUGAUAAAAUCUGUGGACUACGAGUUGAGAACGGUGGCUUGAGGAGGGAAGUUGAUGAGGAGCGGGUCAAGGCGAAGGAGGUUAUCGAUGCGAUGAAGGAGGAGUUGGAGAGGGUGGUCAAGAUGAGUCAGGAGUUUUUGACGCCGAGAAAAGAAGAGUCAGAGGUUGUGCAGAGGCAGGGGGGUAUGAGGAGGACUCUCUCACUUACACAUCACCAUCACAUAUACCCUCACUCACACAUAAUGACAAUACUCAUCCUCCGCCCAGCAUUCAAACAUCCCCUCCGCCACCUCCAACGGCGCUUCCAAACCUCGCCCCCUAAAAAAGACCCCAUCCCUGUGCCCGCCACCGUCGCCCCACUGCCUCUAUGGCAGCGCCUCGGACCUUUGACAACAGCUGUUCAGGCUUAUGCGCGUGCGCAGAAUAAGAGUCCGUAUAAAACACAGGUUGCCACCGCGGUGGUGAUUUACAUCGCUGGGGAUCUGAGUGCGCAGUAUGUUAGUGGCAAUGAGUAUGAUCCUGUUAGGACGUUGAGGAAUGCGGUUAUUGGGUGUGUUGCUGCUAUACCGAAUUAUAAGUGGUUCAUGUUUCUCUCCCACAACUUCAACUACUCCUCCCGCCUUCUCUCCCUCGCCACAAAAGUAACCGUCGGCCAAGUCGUCUUCACGCCAAUCUUCAACACAUAUUUCUUCGGCGCCCAAGCCCUGCUGUCCGGUUGCGACAUUCCCGGGACAAUCGAGCGCGUCAAAGACACCGUGCCAACCAGUAUUAUCAACUCCUGCAAAUUAUGGCCCAUGGUCACGGCGUUUAGUUUCUCGUUUUUGUCGAUUGGGUGGAGGCCAUUGUUCCAUGGUGUUGUGGCGGUGGGGUGGCAGACGUAUUUGAGCUUCUUGAAUAGGAUGGCUGAGGUCAAGGAGAGGGAGAGGCAUGAGAGUGAGGGCAAGAUGGAGGUUGGAGAGAGGGUUGGGUAUGCUGUUGCUCAGGCUGCUUGAUUACUUGGGAGGGUUUCUUUUGUUCAAGGUUGGGAUAGACUUGGGUUUGAUAAUUUAGACAAAAAUGGCGUUUGGGUCAAAUAGACAAUUCUCUUAUGUUCUGGCUUUGCGAGAAUGAAACAUCCAACAGCUUCCUGCAACAGGGAUCAAUAAAUAACCAGCCAUUUCUGAAGAA